AUGGCUCUCGCGAAAGAAUACCCCGGAUCGUGCCAUUGCGGCUUCGUCCGAUACAAGAUCCGCCUGCAAUUCCCCCCCGUGCUCGAUCCACAAGCAAAGUCCAUCCGCCUGUACAAAUGCAAUUGCUCGACGUGCCAGAGGAUGGGCUUCUUCCACUGCCGGCCCAUCUCGCCCGCGGACGACUUCACCCUCAUCUCGCCUGCCAACAUCGAAGAGCUGGGCGACUACCGGGUGAACACCAAGACCAACGGGUGGUACUUCUGCAAGCAAUGCGGCGUGCGCGUCUUUGGGGUCGGUGGGGUGUGGGAGCAGGUGUCUCCCGACGGUGAAGGAGAGGCGGGUGUAGACUGUGAGGAGCUGCCACCGGUGUUCAAGACCAAGCCCACGACCAAAACAAGGACGGUGGAUGGGCAAGAGGUGACGGAGCCGUACCACUACGUCAGCGUCAAUGCAGUAACGCUGGAGCCGAGCGAGGAAAUCGAUCUGAGGAAGUGGCAUGAGAAUGGGUGGGUUUUUUACGUCGAUACGAGGAACCACACCGGAGGUCCGCGGCCAGCGAAGCCGUAUGAGGGCGGGAUGUAUUGA